AUCAACUCCGGCCCCAUUUCAUCUUUUGUUUCUCGCUAUUCGAUGAUUGAUUCCGAUACCCUUUUACCUCUUUCUUCCUUUGGUUCAACUUUUAUUCCCAAUUAUAAGACCAAAGCUUGUAUACGUUUUGCAAGAAAAGGUUGUGGGUCUACUGUUCUAGGGUUUCUUGAGGUAAAGCCGAGGAAGACAGGUUGUUGCUCUCGGUGUAAUGGGGUUUUGAGGAUGUGUAAUAAGCGUAAUUUGGGUUGGGAUAGUGAGGGAAGUAAGGAUCUUGAAUCGGAGAUUUUGGAGUUUAUGAAGAAUUCGGAGAAACCUGGGAUGUUUCCGAGUAAGAAGGAUUUGAUUCGUUCUGGAAGAUUUGAUCUUGUGGAGAGAAUUGUAAACCAAGGUGGAUGGCUUUCUAUGGGAUGGGAUUUGGAACAAGAAGAAGAGGAGGUUCGAGUCAAUGAGAAUGUCACGCCACAGGAUUUACAUAUCGAGAAACAGCUUCCUAAUUGUAAUUCUCAAGAGAUUGAUGGAACCUUGAGUCAUGGAGAUUUUGACGUUUCCUCAAAUACUUCAUCUUCAACAGAAGAAGUGGAUGGUAGGAAUGAGAGUGGAAUUGAAGGCAUUUUGACUAGAUUGGAGAAAGAAAGGAAUUUGAGUCUUGGAAUUAGCUUGAGGGAGAAUGGGAAAAGCAAUGUUGCCGUGAAUGAUAUCUCCCCAAAUGGUUCAGUUCCUUGGUCUUCCAGGAUUGUGACAGCUAGUGAAAUUCAAGAAGUCGACGGUAGUAGAGGCUCAGGUGAAUAUGCACAAACUAGGUAUCAAGGAGCCAAAUCGGUUUCAGGAACGCCAGGCUUAAGCGAUUCACCUACAUCAGAAACAUGGAGGACGUGGAGUAUGAGGAGAGCUGGAUUUACUGAUGAAGAUUUUGAAGCUGCUGAAAUUUCUACCAGUGGUUUGGAUGGUGUGAAGAAGGAUAAUACGAAGAAGGAUGCUGGUGAUAGCAUGAAUGGAAAAGAUAGAACUGCAUCUUCCCCUGAAGAUAUUAAUAAAACUCAUAUCAAAAGCCGUCUUCAACAUCUCCAGUCAGAACUUUCUUCUGUUCUCCACUCCCUAAGAUCUCCUCCUGAUACAGUUGUGAAAAGUAAGGAUAGUGAGAUAACUUCUGGGAACUUGGAGAACCUCUCUGAUGAUUGGGAGUUCAAAGAGAAUGAGAUCAUACAUGCCCAGAAUAAGUUGCGGUCUACACGAGCAAAGUUGGCAGUUCUUGAAGGAAAAAUGGCGAUGGCUAUAAUAGAUGCACAGAGGAUUGUACGGGAGAAACAGAGAAGAAUAGAUCAUGCUAAUAGAGCUUUACGAUUACUUCGAACCGCAUCCAUAGUGUGGCCUAAUUCAGCCUCAGAAGUUCUAUUAACGGGUUCAUUUGACGGUUGGUCUACCCAGAGGAAGAUGAAGAAAGCAGAGAACGGAGUCUUCUCUUUGUCUCUAAAGCUAUAUCCUGGAAAAUAUGAGAUAAAGUUUAUAGUUGAUGGCCAGUGGAAAGUUGACCCGCUUCGACCCAUUGUUACUUGCGGUGGAUAUGAGAACAAUCUGCUAAUCAUCUCUUGAGGUCAAAGGCAACAAUAUUUCAGAACUAAUCCCACCAUCGAUGGAGCAUGAGCUGAAUCAGUAGGGUUGUAGUUUCUUUUGGACUUUCACUUUCAUGUAGGGUAAGGUAGCCAAGGAAGCAGUAGAACUAGGUU